AAAUGCUUUGAAGCGUUUAAAUUGAUCAAUUAGAAGAAAGAAUUUUAUGAAUUGACCAAAAAACGCUUCAGAGCAUUUGUAACAUCGCUUUGACCGUAUCCUGUAUCUAGUAACGAUAAGUUAUACCUUAUAUUGGUGUCGUGGAGGGAAAGGAUGUCUCGUACCAUUCAUAUUGCCCGCCGUAGAUCACGUGGUGUGCUUCUCUUUUUUCUUUUUUUUUGCAUUCGAGAUAUCGAUUUUAGAACGCGUGGUCACGCGCGAUAGACAAGUUCAGCUGAUAAAAGCCGGUUAUUAUCUCGUCAAAACAUUAGGAGGUAACAAUAUUAAUUGUGACGUUGAACUGCAACUCCAAAGAAGAGAUUAAUUAUCUAAAUCGUCGGCGCCUCGGUUGUGAUUCGUAAGAACAAGAUUAUCAAUUUUUUUUUCUCGUUCGUUAUUGGAGGUUAACCAUGUUACGAGUGUUCAGCCGCUCAAUGCGCUCGGCGCAACUGUUCAGGAAUAGUACGAGGAUCAUUUCCGUGUCGAACGCGAGGAACCUGAAUUUACUGGAGUACCAGAGCAAGGAACUCCUGCGAGAUUCUGGCAUAUCGGUGCAAAAUUUUACUAUAGUCGAGGACCUAACUCAGAUGAAUUCCGCCUUGGAGAAGCUACACACCGAUGAGUUUGUUAUCAAGGCUCAAGUCUUGGCUGGUGGUCGUGGUAAAGGCUGGUUCGAUAAUGGAUUUAAGGGAGGUGUACAUCUUACCAAAGACCGUAAUGCUGUUGCAAAUUAUGUGAAGAAUAUGUUAGGUCAUCGACUCAUCACUAAACAGACUUCAAAAGAUGGCAUAUUGGUGCAGAAAAUUAUGAUAGCUGAGUCGGUGGAUAUUGCGCGCGAGACUUAUGUUUGUAUUCUCAUGGAUCGUCAGCAUAAUGGUCCUGUGCUGAUAGCAUCUCCAGCAGGUGGCAUGGAUAUUGAGGCAGUUGCAGAAAAAUAUCCUGAACAAAUCAAAACCGUUACAUUAGACAUUUAUCAUGGGAUUGAUGACGAAAUAGCAAAGGAUGUGUGCGUUUUUCUGGGAUUUUCUGAUACGGAUAUUUUAAAAAAAGCCAUAUAUGAAUUGAAAAAUCUCUGGAAAUUAUUUGUGGAUAUCGAUGCUCUGCAAGUUGAAAUAAAUCCAUUAGUGGAAACGACAGACAAGCAAGUAGUAGCAGUUGAUGCAAAAAUCGCAUUCGACGAUAAUGCCCAAUUUAGACAACAAGAUCUAUUUGCCCUAGAAGACAUCAGUGAGAAAGAUCCCAGAGAAGUGGACGCGUCGCGAUUUAAUUUAAAUUAUAUUGGCAUGGAUGGUAAUAUAGGAUGUUUAGUAAAUGGAGCUGGUCUAGCCAUGGCUACAAUGGAUAUUAUUAAAUUGAAUGGAGGAUCACCAGCUAAUUUCUUAGACAUUGGCGGUAAUGUGAAAGAGGAUCAAGUUUUUCAGGCAUUUAGAAUCCUCAGUGAAGAUCCAAAAGUCAAAGUAAUUCUCGUUAAUGUUUUUGGAGGUAUUGUAAAUUGUGUAACGAUAGCGAAAGGAAUUAUCGCAGCAGCGCAAAAUUUAGGACUUAAAAUACCGUUUGUUGUAAGGCUAGAAGGUACUAAUGUGACAGAAGCCAAAAAAGUUUUAUCUGAAUCUGGAUUCCCCAUUCUUACAGCGAGCAACUUGGAUGAGGCGGCAAAAAAAGCGGUAAUCUCUGUAAAACCAUAAUCAUAUCAGUAUGACGAUAUACUGUCGACUUAUAUUUUUUUAAGACUGGAACUUAUGAUUUUAAUGUAAAGAAACAAUAACUUUACAUGAAUAACUUGGCAUAAGGAAUUGUUUAUAUGACUUUUUUACAAUAGCAUAUGUGAAUGUUACGCCGAUUGUUUUAUAUAUUAGGUGUUGGAAUUAAUUCGUAGCGUUUUACAAGUG